UCAUGGACUGAGGAAACCUUGCUCUGGUGGAUUGAGAAAAACCUGGUAACAUCAUUGGGUCAACAAUUUGAAAACUUCAGAAUCUUCUGGCUGUAAUACUCCCAGAGAAAUUUGUCUCACAAAGUGGCCCAGGUAAUCUUUCUUUAAUUUGGGGCAGUGCUGAGGAUCAGCCACAAACAUGUCCACUCCACUUGACCUGGAAUGUCCACCAGUAGUUUUUGACAAUGGUUCAGGACUCUGUAAAGUGGGACUAUCUGGUUAUAUUGAACCCAGCCAUGUCAUCAAUUCUGUUGUGGGCCACCCUAAAUUCAGUAUACCUUCAGCAAGGGCCAAUCGAAAGAAAUACUUUGUAGGAGAGGAAGCCCAGUACAAGUAUGAUGCCUUGUAUUUGCACUACCCUGUCGAGCGUGGGAUGGUAACAAGAUGGGAUGACAUGGAGAAACUCUGGAAACAUCUUUUUGAGUGGGAGCUGGGAGUUAAACCCAGUGAUCAGCCAGUUCUGAUGACUGAACCCUCCUUGAACCCAAGAGAAACCCGAGAGAAGACUGCUGAAAUCAUGUUUGAGAAAUUUGAUGUACCUGCCUUCUAUCUGUGCAACCAUGCAGUGGCAGCACUCUAUGCUUGUGCCUCUGUCACAGGCUUGGUGUUGGACAGCGGAGAUGGGGUCACGUGUACUGUCCCUGUGUUUGAAGGUUACUCCCUGCCUCACGCAGUCACCAAGCUCUAUGUGGCAGGGAGGGACAUCACAGAACACCUCAUCAGGCUCCUCUUGGCCAGAGGAUGUACUUAUCCUUGCAUCCUCAACAAGGCUGUAGUGGAUGAAAUUAAAGAGAAGCUUUGCUACGUCUCCUUGGAGCCAGAGAAAGAGCCCUACAAGAGGCGGCAGGAGGUCAUGACAGAGUAUACACUGCCAGAUGGGAAUACAAUCAGCAUUGGGGAUCAUCUGUGCCAGGUACCUGAAGUGCUUUUCUCUCCAGAACAGCUUGGCAUUCAGGAUCCAGGACUCUCAAAAAUGAUCUGCAGCAGCAUCACAAAGUGUGACAUGGAUAUCCAGAAGAGCCUUUUUGCUGAUAUUGUGCUGUCCGGGGGCUCGACACUUUUCCCUGGGUUGGAGGAAAGGCUCAUGGAAGAGCUGGAGCAGCUAGCUUCUGGAGGAACACCAAUUAAGAUCACUGCUUCUCCUGAUAGAUGUUUCUCUGCAUGGAUUGGUGCAUCCAUCAUGGCCUCUAUGAGCAGUUUCAAGCAGCUGUGGGUCACCUCUGCAGAAUUCAAAGAGUUUGGGAAAUUUGUGGUACAGAGAAAGUGCUUCUAAAUUCCAUUGAAUAUGGUAGUUAAAGGGCAUCUAGACAUAAAUGUUCCAGGAGUAGUAGCAGGCAAUA